CUAUGCAUGAGCCUAGAGCUCCCUGGUUUACAAGCCAAGAUUAUGAGCCUGUCGUAGUUUCAAAUAGGGACCCACUUGUGUCACUUGCUUUUGAUCCGGCCGCUGAUGAUUUAAACGAGGGAGCUCUAUUUGCUAGCAAAGAUAUACUUAUUUCUGCUGUCAAAGAGGCACAUAUAAAAACAGAUCGGAACUUCUUCGUGGAGAAAAGCAGCACGUCCGUCUACAAAGUAAAGUGUGUGGUUCGAGACUGCAACUGGAAGCUAAGGGCGGCGAAGAAGAAGACCCACGGGCUUUUUCAAAUAACAAAUUGUCCAGAGCAGCACACAUGCCUCCUAGAUAGGCCGACGCAGGACCACCGAAAGAUUUCUGCAAAAAUGAUUGGAUGUUUGGUUGCUCCCUACGUGGCCCAAACCCCUCAGUUGAAGGUGAGCAACGUCAUAACAAUGGUUAAUGAUGAAUACCACCAUUUGAUAAGUUACAUGAAAGCAUGGAGGGGGAAGAUGGCCGGUAUGGAGAGCACUUAUGGUAACUGGCGAACAACCUAUAACGAGCUCCCUCGGUUCCUUAACGUCAUGGCCAGUACAAAUCCAGGAAGCGUGGUCGUGGUUAAUGUGGUUCCACAUCACACCGAUAGGGGUACAUCAACAUUCGUUCGGGCAUUUUGGUGCUUGAAAGCAAUGAUUGAUGGUUGACAGUAUGCACGGCCAGUUAUUUCCAUUGAUGGUACUUUCCUUAAGGGAAAGUAUAAUGGGAAAUUGCUGGUAGCGGUGGGAGUAGACUCUAACAACCAUCAAUAUCCCAUCUGCUUUGCCUUGGUUGAUGAGGAGAGCACGAACAACUGGUCUUGGUUUCUACGUCUUUUACGGAAGCAAGUAUGCCGAGAUAGACGUGGCGUUUGCAUUAUUUCUGACCGUGCCACGGGGAUCCUCGCUGCGAUGAAUGACGAAAACAAUGGUUUCACCCCGCCUUUCGGAGUUCACAGAUUCUGCCUCCACCAUGUGAGGAGCAACUUCUCCAAGAAAUACCCAGGAAUGGAGCUUAAAAUGUACAUGUGGCUCGCCGGCAAUACGCCACAGAUCAGAAAACACGACGCCUACAUGAAAAAGAUUGGGGAUAUUUCGGAAGACGCCUUUAGGUGGCUGAGGGCCAUAAAUCCGGCCCUAUGGACAAUUUCUCAUGACAAAGGCCACGCUCGUUACGGUCAGGCCACCACAAACAUCACGGAGAGCUUUAAUGGCAACGUGCGUGUGGCUCGCUUUCUACCGGUGGCCGCGAUGCUUGAGUUCCUGUUUUAUAAAACUGUUAGGACGGUCAACAAGGAGAGGAACGCAGUACAGGAGAGCAUGAGCGAAGGUCACGAACUUUGUCUGAGGACGAGAAAUAAGUUGGAGAAGAUUUCAACCAAGGCGAACGGGCACAGGGUGGAAACGUUUAACCGAGGAACUGGCUUGUUCUCCGUUAAGACACAAAGGUACAGGGUGAAAGGGGUGAAUAAGGGAGGGAACACACAGGUGGUUGACAUAACUAAUGGUACAUGUACUUGCGGGAAAUGGGAAUGCCACCGCCUGCCGUGUUCACAUUUGAUUGCUGGUUGCAACCAUAAUGCCAUAAACUGGAAACAAUGGAUUGCCCAUUCCAC